AGCCUUCCACAUGCGGACAUCGGAACAGUGCUGGAGGAGGAGAGAGAGCGCGAGGCGAGCACUGAGCGGAGCGGCUGCAGCUGACGGUGCUGCCUGUAGUAGCUUUAGCCAGUUAACUAACCCGUGAUCCACCGGCACCUCGCUGCUCCAACACCGAGCUCAGGCUUCUCUACAGCGGCGGAGAACUCGAGGAGAGACCGGCCGGGCGCCUCGCGAAGUCGCCGGGACUCGGAGCCGCUUGUUUAACGUUAGUUUAAACUUCAGUAACGUUAGUUAACCUAACCGUUAACGAGCUACAGCUUCUCUACCGGCGACUCGCUCCCGCUAACAAACACACGAGCGCUCUUCCUCCUCUUCCCAGCAGCCGGGCUCAGCCUGCGGGCGCCGCUCCGGUACCGAGCUUAAAGCGGUGACUCGGCUCUUUAGUCGGAUCCGGGAGUCGCUGAGGGAAACCGGGACGGUUUUAGAGGAGCUCGAGACGCCGUCCACCAUGGAGAACGCUCACACAAAGACGGUGGAGGAGGUGUACAGCUAUUUCAGCGUGAACGAGAGCACCGGGCUCGGCCUGGACCAGCUGAAACGGCAGAAGGAGAAGUGGGGACCGAACGAACUACCGGCAGAAGAAGGAAAAUCACUGUGGGAGCUCGUGGUGGAACAGUUCGAGGAUCUCUUAGUCAGGAUUCUUCUUCUGGCAGCAUGCAUAUCUUUUGUACUGGCCUGGUUUGAAGAGGGAGAGGAGACCAUUACAGCUUUUGUGGAGCCUUUUGUAAUAUUGCUAAUUCUUAUAGCCAACGCCAUUGUAGGGGUUUGGCAGGAGCGAAACGCAGAAAAUGCCAUCGAGGCCCUCAAAGAGUACGAGCCUGAGAUGGGCAAAGUGUAUCGGCAAGACAGGAAGAGCGUGCAGAGGAUCAAAGCCAGAGACAUCGUGCCCGGGGACAUAGUAGAAGUUGCUGUGGGUGACAAAGUUCCUGCAGAUAUCCGGCUGACGUCCAUCAAAUCCACAACGCUAAGAGUGGACCAGUCCAUUCUGACAGGAGAGUCUGUAUCAGUCAUCAAACAUACAGACCCGGUCCCCGACCCACGAGCUGUGAACCAGGACAAGAAGAACAUGCUGUUCUCUGGUACCAACAUUGCAGCAGGUAAAGCCGUGGGCGUGGUGGUGGCCACAGGCGUGAACACGGAGAUCGGGAAGAUCCGGGACGAGAUGGCGUCCACCGAGCAGGAGCGCACCCCUCUGCAGCAGAAGCUGGACGAGUUUGGGGAGCAGCUUUCCAAGGUCAUCUCGCUCAUCUGCAUUGCAGUGUGGAUUAUCAACAUCGGCCACUUCAACGACCCCGUGCACGGCGGCUCCUGGAUCCGAGGUGCCAUCUACUACUUUAAGAUCGCCGUGGCUCUGGCUGUUGCUGCUAUUCCAGAGGGUCUGCCGGCCGUCAUCACCACCUGCCUGGCCCUGGGCACCCGCCGGAUGGCCAAGAAGAACGCCAUAGUCCGCUCCCUGCCCUCCGUGGAGACGCUGGGCUGCACCUCGGUCAUCUGCUCCGACAAGACCGGCACCCUGACCACCAACCAGAUGUCUGUCUGCAGGAUGUUCAUCAUUGAUCAGGUGCAGGGAGACAGCUGCUCACUCAGGGAGUUCACUGUUACAGGAUCCACAUACGCACCUGAAGGAGAAGUGUACCAGGAUGGUAAACCAGUGAAAUGCUCCAAGUAUGACGCUCUGGUGGAAAUGGCCACGAUCUGCGCUCUCUGUAACGACUCAUCUCUGGACUUUAAUGAGGCUAAAGGUGUGUAUGAGAAGGUUGGCGAGGCCACAGAGACGGCUCUCACCUGUCUGGUGGAGAAGAUGAAUGUGUUUGACAACGAUCUCAAAGGCCUUUCUAAGAUCGAACGGGCCAACGCAUGCAACUCUGUAAUUAAGCAGCUGAUGAAGAAAGAGUUCACACUGGAGUUCUCUCGGGACAGGAAGUCCAUGUCUGUUUACUGCACCCCCAACAAGGCGCGCUCCUCCAUCGGCAAGAUGUUCGUCAAGGGAGCUCCAGAGGGAGUAAUUGACAGGUGUACACACAUCCGCGUGGGCAGUAAUAAGGUUCCUCUGACGCCGGGUAUAAAGGAGAAGAUCCUGUCUGUGAUUCGUGAAUACGGAACAGGGAGGGACACGCUGAGGUGCCUGGCUCUGGCCACACGAGACAAUCCCAUCAGCAAAGAGGACCUGGUGCUGGAGGACUCCACUCGCUUUGUGGAGUACGAGACGGAUCUGACCUUCGUGGGCUGUGUGGGCAUGCUGGAUCCUCCCAGAGCUGAAGUGGCGGCCUCCAUGAAGCUGUGCCGCCUGGCAGGAAUCCGGGUCAUCAUGAUCACCGGAGAUAACAAGGGCACGGCCGUGGCGAUCUGCAGGCGCAUCGGCAUCUUCGGCGAGAACGACGACGUCUCGCGCAUGGCCUUCACCGGUCGAGAGUUCGAUGACCUGUCUCCCGCAACCCAGCGAGAGGCGGUGCUGACCGCUCGCUGCUUCGCCCGCGUCGAACCCUCGCACAAAUCCAAGAUCGUGGAGUACCUGCAGUCCUACGAUGAGAUCACUGCUAUGACUGGUGAUGGUGUGAAUGAUGCUCCUGCUCUGAAAAAGGCUGAGAUUGGAAUCGCAAUGGGUUCUGGUACUGCUGUGGCGAAGACUGCCUCUGAGAUGGUGCUGGCUGAUGAUAACUUUGCCACCAUCGUGGCAGCGGUUGAGGAAGGCCGAGCUAUAUACAACAACAUGAAGCAGUUCAUCCGCUACCUCAUCUCUUCUAACGUUGGAGAAGUAGUCUGCAUCUUCCUGACUGCAGCUCUGGGCUUCCCUGAGGCUCUGAUCCCAGUACAGCUCCUGUGGGUGAAUCUGGUGACCGACGGCCUUCCUGCCACUGCGCUGGGCUUCAACCCUCCUGAUUUGGACAUCAUGAACAAGCCCCCCCGCAACGCCCGCGAGCCCCUCAUCUCCGGCUGGCUCUUUUUCAGAUACCUGGCUAUUGGUGGUUAUGUUGGUGCUGCUACUGUUGGUGCUGCUGCUUGGUGGUUCAUUGCUGCUGAAGAUGGUCCAAGAGUCACCUUCUACCAGCUGAGUCACUUCCUCCAGUGUGGACCAGACAACCCUGAAUAUAAGGGCGUCAAUUGUGAGAUCUUCGAGUCGCCGUAUCCCAUGACCAUGGCUCUGUCUGUACUGGUCACCAUCGAAAUGUGCAACGCCCUCAACAGUGUGUCGGAGAACCAGUCCCUGCUGCGUAUGCCCCCCUGGGAAAACGUAUGGCUGCUGGGAGCCAUCUGCCUCUCCAUGUCCCUUCACUUCCUCAUCCUGUAUGUGGAGCCUCUCCCGAUGAUAUUUCAGAUCACUCCUCUGAACCUGACCCAGUGGCUGAUGGUGCUGAAGAUCUCUCUGCCGGUCAUCCUGCUGGACGAGGUGCUGAAGUUCGCGGCGAGGAACUACCUGGAGCCGGGUAAAGAGCUGGACACGCCUGAGCACAAGGGCUGCCCGCUCACCGCCUGGACAGAGGGCAUCUCCUGGCCCUUCGUGGCUCUCUCACUCCCCCUGGUGCUCUGGAUCUACAGCACCGACACUAACCUGGCCGAGAUGUUCUGGUCCUGACUCAUAUGAGCACAACCCCCCCCUGUCCCUCGUCCCCCGUACCCAGUCCCCCACUCACCCUGUGUGUAGAUAGAGAGAACCUGUGUGCGUGUGUGAGUGCCAGUGUGUGUAAGAGGCGUGCCUGUGCACUCGUGAAAGUGCACGAGAAGGACGGAGAUAACACGAACAUAAUAAUAAUAUAAAAACCUAACUGUUCCUUUUUUUUUUUUAAUAUAUGUACCAGUAGUGGGCAUGGAGGGGACCACAAUAGAGCUGAAGUCUUUAAGUAUUAGUGAUCGUCGUCGUCGUCGUCGUUGAUAUGACCACCAUGUUUGUGGGCUUUUCUGCUGGUUUGGUCUUAAGAACGAUCAUGAUUUUUGUUGCCUUUUUUAAUAUUUAAUAAUUUGGAAGCGUUUUUUCUUAAUUCCAGAGGUAUCAUUUCAAACCAGUACAAAUACUAAUUUCUUUUUGUCUUCGUUUAUUUUUUGGGUCCUCCCUUUGAGUGCAUGAGGAGAAGCUCUGAUAUCUGAUGUGUACAGAGAUUGAACACUAUUUUAUACAACUCAUCUUCUGUCUUUGGUCCUGCUUCCAAUGGGUCCUGGGGGGGGGGCAGGCUACAUCUAGGCAGUGAGUGAGACCAGAUUUAGCACCCCCACACCCGUCUCCCAUCCUUCCAACCUCCCAACACCCUUACUGUGCGUUUGAUUGAUUGAUUAAUACAUGAUUCAUUGAUUAAAACAUAUCUGAUGUUUCACUGAAAGCCAUAACGUAAUGUAAAAGUCAGAUCAGCCCAUAUCAGGCAUAUGUUUAUCUAGAAGUCUGUUUUUUUAUUAAUACAUUCCAGCAUUUCAUUCACACUUUUUCUUUUUAAAUAAAUGAAUAAAUAAAUGUGCUACAAAUGGUUCUUUGAGUGAUUUGAACUUAUAAUAAUAGAAUAACCAUAUUUGGAUCCAUUAAGAACCUAAAAAAAUACACUAAACAUAUCUAAUGCAUCACUAUAAGUAUCUAUAUACACCUUUUUUACCCUUUACAUGUAUAUCAGCUUGUGUAAUCACCUUAAAAUAAAUCUGAAUAAAAAUUAAAACAGAUACCAGGUACUUAAAAGUGAGUAGAGUUGAGUACGGUAUAAUUCAGUAGUGUGUGGGAAGGUACCAUGCAGUUGAAAAGUGAUGAGAUAUCACUCAUAUUCUCUCACUUAUUGAUCCAAAAGUGGUGAUUCUCUGUAGAAAUGGACCAAAAUGAAUUUUUUUUU